GUCGGAGAGCUGAGCCUGGAGACGGUCGAGAAAGCGUCCGCGCCCGGGACCAAGGUGGUGGUCAGGAGCACGAACCCUGGAGCGCAGCGGUGCACCCGCACGGAGCUGGCCGCGGCGCCACAGCUCGUCGAGCAGCGCCACAUCCGCAGCGUGCCGACC